AUGGAUUCAAAUACUGUUGCUUCCAUUGGGUCACCAGAGCGUAUGAAACAGAGGGUUUCGUGGAUUGUUGAGAUCGAAUCGAACAAGGAACGCUAUGUUCACGAAGAGAAGCAGCGAGCGACGAUCCAGAAGGCUCCGUGGACCUUUCGCGACAUCGAUUCCAACAAGAAGUGCUUCGAUCCCAUGGUGAUUGCGAUCGGACCUCUCCACCACGGCAAGCCGAAGCUAGAACGAAUGGAAACUUUCAAGAUUCAGUUUGCUUUACAGUACGCGGAUCAAAGUAACAAAUCAAUGGAGGAAUUGUAUGAUGCGGUAGAGACGCAAGCGGUCGAUGCCAGGAACUGCUAUGCCAAGGGCUCAACAGAUGCGUUUGAUGACAAGGAGUUUGCAAAGAUGAUGUUCCUCGACAGUUGCUUCGUUCUUCAGUUCAUUUACAAUUAUGUGAAACGCACAAAGGAUGAUGUAAAGAUGAAGAGAAAGGAUAAGGAGUUUAUUAUACGCGAUAUUACUCUGUUAGAAAAUCAACUCCCUUAUGAGUUCCUGAAGCCAUUGAUGAAGUUGAGGUUCGAAGGAGGAGAAGGAGAGCAGAUGAUUGACGACUUCAUCACGCAAAUCAUGCAAGAUCCUCAUGAGGAAAAUGCAAGAUGUUGGAAGAAUUGCUGGAACAGCAAACCUGAUCCCAAGCCGAAAGGGGACGAGAAAGAAAAGGAGGAGCCUGUUCAUCUUCUUGAGCUUGUUCGUACUAAAUUCGUCGAUGUUGAUGAAAUAACAAGGGGUAGUUGCGACUCGUCUUCAAAUUGGUGUCCUUAUCGCUCGGUUACAGAAUUGAAGUCAGUGGGAAUCAAUUUCAAGUGUAGUCACUCACGGAGGUUUUCUGAUAUAUCGUUUAAGUCUGGAUGCUUGUCUGGAUGUCUAAGACUCCCUCCCAUAACCAUUGACGACGUCACCAAGUCUUUGCUUUUGAACUUGGUGGCUUGGGAAGCUUGCCUCGGCACUCUUGACGAUUUUAGGGUUUCUUCGUAUGUUUAUCUCAUGGACACAUUAAUCGAUCAUGCUGAAGAUGUGAAGGAAUUACGAUACAAAGGCGUAAUACUCAAUAUGUUGGGCAGUGACGAGCAGGCUGCCGAACUUUUCAACGAGAUAAGUACAAAUUUGGUGUCCAAUCCUGAGGCUUUUGGGAAGGUUAAGAAGUCUAUUUACGGCUACUACAACAGUCGCCUUAGGUUGUGGUUGGCUGAAUGGGUGCACGCGCAUUUCAGAAGCCCAUGGGCCUUAAUUGCUUUCAUUGCUGCAAUUCUUGCACUCGGCUUGACUCUCGCACAAACGGUGUUUUCUGCCAUUCAAUUAUAG